AUGGAGGCAGGGGCAGAGGCCGAGGCCGAGGCCGAGGCCGCAUCCCAGGCCAGGAGGCCGGAGCACAAGGCGACCUGCCGCACGUGGGUGUUUUACCUCUGCUGAGGUGACCAUUGGGACGUCAAGAUCAGCCCAGGUCAUUUCCCGGCUCCAAGGGGUCAUUGCACCUUCAGUUCGCCUAGGAAUUGGGGCAUAAAGUAAUGAAGAACUGGGGUGUUGUUGGUGGAAUUGCUGCUGCUCUGGCAGCAGGCCUAUAUGUUCUCUGGGGUCCCAUCACUGAAAGAAAGAAACGCAGGAAAGGGCUUGUGCCUGGCCUUCUCAACUUAGGAAACACCUGUUUCAUGAACUCUUUGCUGCAAGGCUUAUCUGCUUGUCCAUCUUUCAUCAAGUGGCUGGAGGACUUUACAGCCCAAUACAAGACAGACCAGAAUGAAUCAUCGGAGCACCAAUAUUUGUCCCUUACUUUGCUGUGCCUUCUGAAAGUGUCUCCAUUUAUCAUUUUAAAUUUCAUACCUCUAGCUUUAUCCUGCCAAGAGGUCACAGAAGAUGAUGUCCUGGAUGCAAGCUGUUUGUUAGAAGUGUUAAGACUGUACAGGUGGCAGAUCUCGUCAUUUGAAGAGCAGGAUGCUCAUGAACUAUUCCAUGUCCUUACAUCUUCGUUGGAAGAUGAGCGAGAGCGUCAGCCCCGGAUCACACAUUUGUUUGACGUGCAUUCAUUAGAGCAGCCAGAAAUAACCCAAAAGCAAAUAAGCUGCAGGACAACAGGGUCACUUCACCCCAUGUCAAGUCACUGGAAGUCUCAACAUCCUUUUCAUGGAAGGCUGACCAGUAACAUGCUUUGCAAGCACUGCAAACGCCAGAGUCCUGUGAGGUGUGAUACAUUUGACAGUCUUUCGCUGAGUAUUCCAGCAGCCAUGUGGGGUCGUCCUAUGACACUGGACCACUGCCUCCACCAUUUCAUCUCUUCUGAAUCAGUAAAGGAUGUUGUAUGUGACAAUUGCACUAAAAUUCAGGCAGAAGGAACACUGAAUGGGCAAACCACAGAAAACCAGAGAACAACAUUUGUUAAACAAUUAAAGCUAGGGAAGCUCCCUCAGUGUCUGUGUAUCCAUCUGCAAAGGCUGAGCUGGUCAGACCAAGGCAUGCCUCUGAAACAUCAUGAACAUGUGCAGUUCAGUGAGUUCCUGAUCAUGGAUAUCUACAAAUACCACCUCCCUGUCCAUAAAUCAAGCCAGCAUGAUCUAAACCAGAAAGGCAAUCCACGGAUGUUGUCUGAAACAAAGGAUGGGUCAGCAGUAAAAGCCUCAGAUCUGGAGCAGACAUGUAGCACUAAAUCAUUCUUUAUGAAUGGCGCCUGCUCUCCUUCAUUAUUAACAUCCCCGAUAACUUUCCCACUUGCAAUGGUUUCAGAUUGCAGUUCCCCAGUGUACCUCUACCGUCUGAUGGCUGUUGUAGUUCAUCAUGGGGACAUGCAUUCUGGACACUUUGUGACAUAUCGCCGCUCUCCGCCUUCUCCCAAGACCGCGCUCUCGGUCAGUAGCCAGUGGUUGUGGAUUUCAGAUGACACUGUGCGCAAAGCUAGUUUGCAAGAAGUGCUUUCAUCUAGUGCUUACCUGCUCUUUUAUGAGCGUGUUCAGUCAAGAGUGCAGCACCAAACUCAGGAUUUCAGGGCUGAAGAAUGACUUAGACCUCUGGAGAAGGAUAAAUCUUGAGAAAACUGCUCUUGUGAGAUGUACAUUGCACCUCCUGACUGUUAUGCAAAUAGCCCACUACAUGCCCUUUGAUAUUCCACUCCUUCCUGGCAAUGGUGCCUGGCUACUGCAGGGAGCUAGUGUUUCAUACCAAAACGACGCUGCCCAAAGUUGGUCUGCUAGUGCUGGGCACUCCAGAGUGUGUCUGCAUUAGAGAAGCAUGUUUGCUGUUCAGAUAAUAUUCUCUCUGCAUCACAAUUUUGAAACAGAGAAUUUCAAACAGGGACUUCCCAGGGCCACAUCUUUUUAUUCUGACCUGUAUGCAUGUUUUCAGAUGGAGCUGCUUAGUGUCACCUUAAGAUAUUCCUUAGCAGGGGAGCCCUAGAAGUGAUUGAUGAGAAAUUACUGUUAUCAAAGGCAAUGAUUUAAAAAAACGAAGUGCCUUGAGAUGAUUUACAUUACCAUUGUCUACACCUACAAUCUGUGGAUUACAUUCUGGUAAACAUCUAUAUCAAAGUGAUAUGAAGAACUAUUAACUGAAUCACAUUUCUCAUCAUAACCCCAGCUAAGCAACUAAAAUAAGUUGUCUCUCCCGAACAUGCUUGAUCCAAAAAAGCCCUUUCCUAUUUGUAUCUUUUUCCACUAUUUCCUUUCUUUGUACAUCAUUAGAAGUACUUAUAUCAAUACAAAUGGCAGUUUUCCAUUUUAGGGAAAUACUCAAAUAGUUGAUCAAAUAGAACUGAGACACUGAUUUGUGGCUCCAUCUCAUCAUACUGUAAGAGAGGUUAAGAGAGAGCAGUAUCUGCUAGCAAUCACUAUGGUAAUGUUGUCUGUCUCUGUAAAACAAUUUGAUGCUGUUGCUUUGGAGCAUCAGGUAGACUCUGCCUCUCAGUGCUAAUCUUAAAGGUGACUGAUUGGUAUUCUAAACUCCCCUUUCCUACCUUAACGAUGAACGCUGCCAUUCCCUAUCAUCCCUUCUAAGGAAUGCCUUCUGAUCUGCAAUGGAGCUUGAACUGGUUGUGAUUGUGAGCCUGGGACUUGAAGCAACGUGUGUCAUGGUGGGUUAGAAUACGCACAAUUGCACGGGCAGUGGUUGGCACUUAGUCCAGUAAAAUAGUACAGUAGCCUGAACAGGUUGGUGUCACUGCAUUAGAUAUUGCUAUUUUUAAAGAGUUUGAUAUUAAUUGUAUAUUGCUGCUCUGUGCUCUUUGGUGUAUAAAAAAAGAGAUGAGGAAAGAGGCAAGAAAUCCUUUUGGCUGUUUUUAAAUGAAUGGGGAUAAAAUGGACAGACGUGGGAGUUCUUUUCUAUUUAUGUACUUUGGGGUAAGUGUGUGUGUGAGGGAGGAAGUCUGAACGUCAGAUUAGGUCUUUUCAGCGUAAAACAGUGACUGACUUUUCAGACAAUAUCUACUGCCUCUCUAAAGUAGCUCUUUGUCCAAAAAGUUUUUUUUAAUUGUAACUUUGUACAUUUUGGAUCCAUAUCAUUCAACUGCCCCGUGUUGUUCAUAUGCAUUCAGCGCUUUUUAAUAGGAGAUGAAAGAAACAGCCACAGGAUCAUAGGCUAUGAAUGUAUAUAACACUUAGCUGUAGUCAUUCCAGAGUGUGGAUCACGAUCUCUACUCAGAAUAAUGCUCAUAACACAGAGAAGUCUGUAUAAAUCCAUUGGCCUAUCCGGUCCAAAGAACCCUUGGCUUCUGUGUUAGAAGCACUUUUUUUAUCUUACUAAUUUUAUUACUGUUUAAAAAAAUAUGUAAUACCAAUGAACUUUAUGACCAUUGAAAUAAGAUCUAAACUCAGCAUGUGACCCACAAAAGUAAAAAAAGAAUAUCUGAGGCUGAAGCUUCUCUGUUGUAGAUGGAUAGAACUGAGCAAUAUGGGCUUUGCAAAGCAGUGCUGGUUGUCAACAGGGGCAAGAAACGCAUGCAAAGCAUCUGUCUACAGAAAUCCUGCCAGUUGUACCUCUGACCUUCAAAACAUUUCCAUCUGACAUUAGUGUAUGCGCUGCCAUAGCGAGGCUCAACAGGGUCUUUUCUGAAAUUUUAACUCCUUUGAUUUUGAGGGGGGAAUCUGCUCAUUGAUAGUAUUUGAACAAGUCACUUUAUUAUGCAGUAAUGUGUGGUGUGUCAGAUAGUACCCACUAGGAGGACUGUAGGCUUUAGGACUCAUCAGCCUCUAUAUGAUUGUGUGAAGCCACAUGCUGCUGCAAGUUGUGUGUGUGUGAUGUUUUCUGAAAACUUCCUUUUGUAUAAACCUGCUCUUUACUAGCGACAUUUCUCUGUGCCAGUUUGGUGUGAGGGAAAGGUUGCACACUGUCACACAUCACUAAGCUACUUGUUUGCCAUACUGCCACUGAACUGGAAAUUUCAUUUGGAAUCUUCAGCAGAGGGCAAUAGGAAUGAGUGUUGUGCAGAAUCUCUUCUUAUCUUCAUUGCAAGAAAGGAACAGGAGUUCGUUUCUUAGCACUGGUUGUGGAGAAGUGUCAGUAUCUUGGUCGUGAUGCUGAGAAGUGCUGGGCACCCACAACUUACAUUGGCUUAGGAGACUUGCAGAUGGUUGGCACCCCUCACAGUCAGACCCUGGACACAGUCUGGCCAGCUGAACCUCAUGUGCAGAUACCUUUUGAAAGCAAUAUGUCUCUAUUCAGGCGGAGGGGUACAGCCAAAUGGCUCAGCUUGUAGGAUUGGGGGGCUAGUCUCUGCCAGCCAAUAAGAACAUUUUAAUUUCUCAAAGGCUAGAGUUGUUGAAAAGGUGCGUAUGAAUGGAAUAAAGGAAUGUUAUGAAACAUUAACCGUAUAGAAAACUGACCUCUGCUUAAUCUGGUAGAACUAAGAUAACAGCUCUUUCAUUGAAUUAUUCUUGUUUUAAUGCACGUUAAUAAAACGGUCUGAUAUUAGAGUCCAAACCACUGCACUUCGUUUCCAGCACUGCUGUCUUUGAACUGCCUAUUUCCUUAUGGGAAUUUUUGUACCUGUCCUGUACAGUAGCAAUAAAAGAACCAACUUAUUAGAAAAGG